GAAAACGUGAUGCCAUCGAUUGGACAAUCACAUGUGAGGAGUGAUGUCAUAACGUCCUGAGAAAACCAGUUGGGAUGGAUGGACCCCUAUGGAUUGGUAAAAACGGAAAUAGAAACCCUAGAAAUAUAGACGCCCCCAGGAACAGGAAAUUCCUUUGUUUUGAAGUGUUAUACUGUCGCUGUCGUCGAUUGAUAAGUUAGCUAUUUGUUUUUAGUGGAAAGUACUGAGCUUGGAGCUAUUGAGUCGAGAUGGAACAUCCAGUCAAAGAAACCCCCCAGCUAAUCCGCACCCUCUGCUCCGGCACGCCCUCGCAGCAGCUCGCAGCCCUUGACGCGAACUUCACGCACGACGCCUCGUUCCGACACACCAUCUGCCGCGUCCCGAGCUUUGGGGAUGUGAAUGUGCCGUUGUUGGGGGCGGUGAACUCGAGAUGGGUUAUGGGGUGUAUUUAUCGGUGGUAUAAGGUGUUGAGUCCGAGGAUUGAGGUGGAUGUUGAGAGUGUUGUUCUCGACCCAAAAACUCAACGCCUCUACAUCUCAAUGUCGCAAACUUUCUCCCUCUUCAUCAUCCCAUUCUACUCCGCCAAAGUCCCUCUGAUCACCGUCCUACGCCUCGUCAAGGAGGAGGAUGACCGCUUCUACAUCAGCGCGCAGGAGGACUACUACGAGCCAGAGGACUUUGUCAAGUUCUUCUUGCCUGGUGCGCACUGGCUGUUGCAGAUCUUUCAGUGGUUCACUGUGGUGAUCUGUGUGCUCUGUGCGUUGUUGCUGGCGCCGCCGCUGAAGGUGGCGCAGAAGAUUGUGGGGUUUAAGAUGGAUUGAGGGAGGGAGAGGGAGGACGAGAGAAGGGACAAUGGCGUUUUAAUGAAGAGAAGGGAGAAAACUUGGAUAAAUAGGGAAAUCUGGGACGAAAUAUAUGUGUUAUUUUAGAG